AGGAUCCCAACUCCCCCGUACCUACCACGAAUAACGGCAAGGAAGGAGGUGGGGAGGGAGAUAUGUCUAAUUUGGGAUCUGAUUCAAGUCCUUAGAUUGAACUUGUCGGCGGUCUGGUCGCCGAGAGAGAGAGAGCAUGUGGUCGGAGACGAGCGCGUUGGGUGCCUUGAAGGCCGAGAUGCCCUUGGAGGACGACGGAGAUCUCGUCCUCACGUCGGAGAUCGCUUCCGGGAGGGCCAUCGGCCUCGUCCUCGUCGACAUUGUCAAUGGCUUCUGCACCGUUGGCGCUGGCAAUCUCGCUCCAGUUAAGCCUAACAAGCAGAUAUCCACCAUGGUUGAGGAGGCUGCAAAGCUUGCCAAGGUGUUCUGUGAUAGAAACUGGCCUGUUUAUGCUUUGCUGGACACCCACUAUCCAGAUAAACCUGAACAUCCAUACCCACCUCAUUGUAUAAUUGGUUCAGGUGAAGAGAAAUUGGUUCCAGCUUUGCAGUGGUUGGAGAAUGAUCCAAAUGUGACCAUUAGAUGCAAAAAUUGCAUAGAUGGUUACCUUGGUUCCAUGGAGAAGGAUGGCUCUAAUACUUUUGCUGAUUGGGUGAAAAAGAAUGGAAUUAAAGUUGUUUUGGUGGUAGGAAUAUGCACAGAUGUUUGUGUGCUAGACUUUGUCUGCUCCAUAUUGACUGCUAGAAAUAUUGGCAAUGUGCCACCAUUGGAAGAUGUCGUGGUGUAUUCACGUGGAUGUGCUACAUAUGACCUCCCUAUUAAUGUCUCUAGAAAUAUCAAAGGAGCUUUUGCCCAUCCACAGGCGCUGCUCCACCACAUAGGACUCUACAUGGCAAAGGGAAGGGGAGCCAAGGUAGUGCACAGGGUAUCCCUUGGUUGAUCAGAGGAUGCAUGACAUGGACAGACCACCUAUGAUCCAUAACUGGUUGUGAAGAACAGGACUUAAGACUUCUCAAGCUGCUAAGGUUACCAUGCUCAUUAGGUUCUUGCAGGAAUUGCAUCUGAUAUCCACUGUAAAUUGGGCCUGUUAUGUACAGUGGGAUUGUUAUAUUGGUAUUCUCCCCUUUAUAUGGCCACAGUCCAUGUUUAAGAGUAUUAUACCGCAAUAUCUGAGUGCUUUUUCUCAAGUUCCUCGUGAUGACUGAUCCACAAAUGCUGUAGAGGGAUCACUCAUUAGUGAAGGUAAGCAGCAAAGACUCAUUAGUGAAGGUAAGCAGCAAAAGGCUUGUUUAAAUGAAUAAGAACUUAAUGUAAAUAUAGUUUGCAUAUGUUAUCAAUGGAACUUCUUGAUGGUGUAAUUUUA